CGUCUAAAACCCUUGUUUCGAGAUUUGCGGUUUAGGGUUUAAGGGUGCCUGUGUGUGUAAAAAAUUGAUCCAGAAAAGAAAAGAACGAUGGAAGUGAAGAAAAAAAGUACUCCAAUUCUUCCAUGGAUGCGAAGCCCAAUUGACGUGAGUCAGUUUGAAGAUUGCCCUCUCAAUCUUGUCCCUUGUCUUGACCCCAGGUUGGAGGCGGCUCUAGAGAAAAUGGGUUUCUCUUCACUCUUCCCAGUGCAAGUUGCAGUUUGGCAAGAAACAAUAGGGCCUGGUGCUUUCGAGAGAGAUCUCUGCAUAAAUUCACCAACGGGAAGUGGGAAGACUUUAGCUUACGCUUUGCCCAUUGUGCAGAAGUUGUCGACUCGUUCUGUUAAAUGUCUACGGGCUUUGGUAGUCUUACCUACACGUGACUUGGCGUUGCAGGUUAAGGAAGUUUUUGCAGCCAUUGCACCUGCAGUAGGUUUAUCUGUUGGUUUAGCAGUGGGUCAAUCUUCGAUUGCUGAUGAAAUAGCGGAGCUUAUAAAGAGACCUAAGCUUGAGGCAGGCAUGUGUUAUGACCCAGAAGACAUGACAUUCGAAUUGCAAAGUUCAGUGGAUAUAUUGGUGGCAACCCCAGGAAGGCUUAUGGACCAUAUCAACUCCACAAAGGGAUUUACACUUGAGCAUCUCUGUUACCUUGUAGUUGAUGAAACAGAUCGGCUGCUCAGAGAAUCAUACCAGUCUUGGCUGCCAACUGUACUUCAGUUGACUCAAUCUAAUGAUGAAAGCCUCUUUCCUCUUGCUAAUUCGUUUUUUUCAUCUACCUUUGGUUCCUUAAAAACCAUAAGGAGAUUUGGUGUCGAAAGGGGAUUCAAGGGUAAAUCUCACCCUAGGCUUGUGAAGAUGGUUUUAUCUGCCACCUUAACCCAAGAUCCAAGCAAGCUUGCCCAGCUUAAUCUCCAUCACCCUUUGCUGCUGACAACAGGGAAAAGACGUUACCAGCUCCCAGAAAAAUUGGAAUCAUACAAACUUAUAUGUGAAUCCAACCUGAGGCCACUGUAUUUGGUUGCCCUUCUACAAGAAUUAGGAGAAGAGAAGUGCAUUGUUUUCACCUCAUCCACUGAGUCGACUCAUCGUCUUUGUACAUUACUGAACCUUUUUGGUGAUUUGAGUAUAAAAAUAAAGGAAUAUUCGGGCCUUCAGCGUCAGUCUCUGAGAAGCAAGGCGUUGAAAUCGUUUCGAGAAGGAAAGGUGCAAGUACUUGUAUGUUCUGAUGCAAUGACUCGUGGAAUGGAUGUUGAAGGGGUGAGAAACGUCGUUAAUUAUGAUAUGCCUGCAUAUAUAAAGACCUAUAUUCAUCGAGCUGGUCGGACUGCUAGAGCAGGUCAAGCUGGGCGUUGCUUCACAUUGUUACAUAAACAUGAGGUGAAACGUUUCAAGAAGAUGUUGCUGAAAGCAGACAUUGACUCAGUUCCUCAUUACUCGGUUCCUUCAAGUUCAAUAGAGUCACUGCGUGAUACUUAUAACUCCGCCCUGGGAAAACUGAAAGAGACGGUUGAAUCAGAAGCUUAUCGUAAGAGAAAAACUGGUUCCAAGUUUUCAAAACUGAGCAAGAGAAAAACAGACCAUCAGAAGCAGUGAUGGAGAUGCGCAUUCCUUUGUCAUGAAGACAAAAUGUUAUGUUCUCAUAAUCAGGCAUUUUAUUGACCACUUUCGCUUAUAACCUUGUACUUGGCACUAAUUACAUUUUUAAAGAUCCUAGUUUGGCAUCCGAAGGUCGUGUGACCUCUUCAUACCCUUGGUGCCGGAAACCAGAAAUAUUACAUACAGAUCCGGAUUUUGGUGCAGAUAAACGGAAUAUCUUGAGA